AUGGCAACGACAUUACAUCUUCGCUCAGAGUGCAAGCCUCUCGAGCAUCGCUCAGCUCUCACCCCAACCACUACAAAGGCUCUGCUCGACGCCGGCUACAAGAUCAACGUUGAGCGAAGUCCAGAGCGCAUUUUCGACGACUCCGAAUUCGAAGCUGUAGGCGCAACUCUCGUGCCUGAGGGAUCAUGGGUUGAUGCUCCGCAAGACCAUGUCAUCGUCGGUCUCAAGGAGCUGCCCGUGGAUAAAUUCGCAUUGAAGCAUACGCAUGUCCAGUUUGCGCAUUGCUACAAAGGCCAAGGUGGCUGGCAAGACGUCCUCUCCCGCUUUCCCCAGGGUGGCGGCACCCUGCUUGAUCUCGAGUUCCUCCAAGAUGAUACCGGCCGACGUGUCGCCGCAUUCGGAUACCACGCCGGCUACGCUGGUGCAGCCCUCGCCGUGGAAGCAUGGGCUUAUCAACUGCAACAUCCUGAAGCCGAGAGCAUGCCCUCCGUUUCGAGUUACCCCAACCAAGACCUUCUCCUGAAGGAUGUCGGCGCGAGAUUAGCCGAGGGUGAAAAGAUCGCCGGACGCAAGCCUCGAGUUCUGGUCAUCGGCGCCCUUGGCCGCUGUGGCCGUGGAGCCGUCGAUCUGUGCAAGCAGGUUGGCAUCCCCGACGAGAACAUCUUGCAGUGGGACAUGGCGGAAACGGCAAAGGGGGGCCCGUUUUCCGAGAUUGUGGAAAGCGACAUCUUCGUCAACUGCAUUUAUCUCUCCGAUCCAAUCCCACCUUUCAUCAACAAAGAAUCGUUGUUGUCAGAGAAGAGAAAGCUGAGCGUCGUGUGCGACGUAUCCUGCGACACGACGAACCCUCACAAUCCGGUGCCGAUAUACACCAAGAACAGCACGUUUUCGAGUCCGACGAUCAAGGUUGAAGGUUACGAUAACCCGCCACUAUGUGUCAUUAGCAUUGACCAUUUGCCUUCUCUGUUGCCUCGGGAGGCCAGCGAGGCAUUUAGUGAGGCUCUGCUGCCAAGCCUGCUGACACUGAAGGAUCGCAAGAGCAGUCGCGUCUGGCAACAAGCAGAGGACCUAUUCAACGCCAAGGUCGCUUCUUUGCCCGAAGCCAUGAGGACAGCUGUGAAGAGUGUUACGGGAUGA